CCAGAGUCUCUCAUGGGUCCCUGUACGGCCUCCCAUUGCUGCUGUUUCCAUCGCCACACUCUGCCAUGUGCCACAUUCAGGUCUCUUCACACUGCUGGGUUCCAUUUUGUCAUAGGGUGCUGGCAGAUUACAGGCCUCCCAUAGGUGCUGCCAGGCCCCAAAUCUGCCAUGGACCCCCGUACCGCCUGGUCACGCUGCUGCUGGGCCCACAGUGUGACCUGGGUCCCUGUACCGCCUCCCAUUGCUCCCACUCUGCCAUGUGCCACUUUCAGGUCUCCUCACACUCCUGCUGGUUUCCAUUUUGUCAUAGGUUGCUGUAUGGCCUCCCAUUGCUGCUGCCUCCACCGCCACACUGUGGCUCCAAACACUGGUUUUGGCCCCGUGACUGGCCAAAUGAGUGA